AUGCUCGCUACCGCAGAGCAGACAAAAUGUGAAUAUUGCCAGGAAAAUCAUUUCAUCAAUCGGUGCGAAAGGUUUGGAGAAUUAUCCACUCAAGACAAAUGGAAUGAAGUACAUCGACUCCGAUUAUGUGGAAACUGUUUGAAAAAAGGCCAUAUAAGCAAAGAUUGUAAGGGGGGUGAUUGUAGGACCCAAGUGGCUUGUAACACCCAAGAAUCUUCUACGUCACAAGCAACCGAGGAAAAGGAGAAUCGACCACCAGAGAAAAUGACCGUGGCACAUUGUGCUAAACAACUUAAUUCAAGGGUAGUACUCUCUACUGCUCAAGUAUACGUCUACGAUAUAGAAGAUAAGCCCAUACGUUGUCGAGCCCUACUCGAUCCAGGCUCGCAGCUGAAUUUAGUAACGCAAGAACUAGCUCAGAAAUUGAAACUACCGCUCAAAAGAAUUGAUAUACCUUUGUCAGGAAUAAGUCAAUCAAGUGUAAAGGUGCAAUAUUCUGUGACAAUUGAAUUAGAAUCGCUCACAAGUAAAUUCAAUAACAAACAAGACUAUCUCAUUUUGCCACGAAUAACAGAAAGAUUGCCACAAGUUGAACUAGACAUAUCAAGCUUUAACAUACCAGAUGGCAUUCUCUUGGCAGAUCCAGACUUCAAUGUACCAGGUGAUAUCGAUAUGCUUAUCGGUGCAGGAUUGUUUUGGAAACUGUUGUGCGCUGGUCAAGUACUGCAGCCAAAGGGACAGCCAGUACUACAUAAAACUUUGCUGGGAUGGAUAGUAGGCGGAGAGCAAGUUAUAAAGAAUCCGUCGCAAGUAAUAAAAAAUGUUUGCAACUUAAACGUAAUAUCAACAGUCGAAGAAAAUAUAGAACGACUUUGGAAAAUGGAAGAAUUGCCAAUGGCAAGACAAUUGAUCGCAGAAGAAAGAUAUUGCGAGGAACAAUUCAAUGACACGCACACACGUAACGAAGCAGGCAGGUUUAAGGUAAGAUUACCACAAAAUCCAGACGAACAGUUAGGAAAUUCAGAAAAGGAGGCGACUAGGAAAUACUACGCUCUAGCAGAAAGAUUGAAAAAUAAUCCUGAGCUGAAAAAAGAUUAUAUGGAAUUUCUAAACGAGUAUGAAGAGGCGGGACACAUGUCAAGAAUCAAGGUCAAGGAUAAGGGAGAAGAAAUUUGUUAUUACUUACCACAUCAUCCUGUCAUAAGGGCUGAAAGCUCUACGACAAAGGUUAGAGUUGUUUUCGAUGGAUCGGCGAAGACAUCGCCCCAAACUUCUCUAAAUGAUAGGCUCCUGCCAGGUCCAAAUCUACAAGAAGAGAUAAUCAAUAUUAUUUUGCGAUUCAGAAUGCACAAAUUCGUGAUAACAGCAGACAUUGCCCAAAUGUUCAGACAGGUAAAAGUAGCAGAACAAGAUAGAAACCUUCAACGAAUUAUUUGGCGAAAGGAUGGAGAUCAGAACUUAAGAAUUUAUGAAUUAAACACCGUAACUUAUGGCACAGCCUGUGCUCCGUACCUAGCUAUGCGCUGCCUCAAACAAUUGGCUCUCGAUGAUAGUGAGAAGUACCCACGAGCGGCUACAGCAUUGACAAGAGAUUUUUAUAUGGACGACGUGCUUACUGGCAGCAAAUCAUUAGAAGAUACAAUAGAACUACAGAACCAACUAACACAGCUGCUGAAAGCUGGACACUUCGAGCUACGUAAGUGGCAAACCAAUGAUACAAGAGUUUUAGAGCACUUGGCGGAUGAGUGCAAGGCUAAGAAGUUAUUAGUUUUGGAUAAACAAGAGGCUGUGAAAACUCUCGGAUUAUUAUGGGACAAUACCAAGGAUAUCCUAAAAUUCAAUCUAACGAUAAAGAAAAUGCCCAAGAUUACGAAAAGGACAAUAUUAUCCACCAUUUCAGAAAUAUAUGAUCCGAUAGGCUUCAUCGGACUAGUUAUUAUGCAGGCCAAGGUGUUAUUACAAGAACUAUGGAUAUGGAAGAUAGCUUGGGACGAAGCAGUACCAGCAUCUAUUGAGACAACUUGGAAUAAUUAUUAUGGCACAUUAGGAGAACUUAAUCGAUUAGAAAUCACACGAAAUGUAAAUCCAAGAAAUGGAGCAGCUUAUGUAUUGCUACAUGGAUUUGGCGACGCAUCGGAGAAGGGAUACGGUGCUUGCAUAUACGCUUUAUCGUACAAUGAGAAUGGGGAAGCUAGUUGUUUACUAGUCAGUUCAAAGUCACGAGUAGCUCCUCUGAAGAAGAUAACGCUGCCGCGAUUGGAAUUGUGCGCAGCUUGGUUACUGGCAAAAUUAUUAAACUCGGUAGUCAAAGCAUUAGGAGAAGAACAGAUCAAAGACGUCGUGUUAUGGAGCGAUUCAACUAUAGUUUUACACUGGCUGAGAACGCCACCAAACCAACUGAAGACCUUUGUGGCCAAUCGAGUGGCUGAAAUACAGGAAUUGGCCAAGACGUGUGAGUGGAAGCACGUCCCAACGAAAGAUAACCCAGCGGAUAUUUUAUCGAGAGGAGUGACAGCUGACCAGCUGAUCAGGAAUAAACUGUGGUGGCAUGGACCGGCGUGGCUACCUUACAAGGCUGAAUGGCCGAAGCAAAAAAUUGAUUUCAUCAAUCCAGUUCCAGAGCAACGAGCAGCAGUGAUGCUGAUAACUAUCAAUCCAAUGAUAAACAUUUUCUCCAAAUAUUCUUCAUUCAAUAAGGUAACCAGAAUAAUAGCCUACUGCCUUCGAUUUGUGAGAUACUCUAGAAAACGAGGGAUAAAAGGCCCAUUAAUUGUGGAGGAAUUAAUAAGAAGUGAAAAAACAAUAAUACGAAUUAUUCAACAAGAGGGUUUCCCUGAAGAAGUCCAAACCCUGAACACGUUGACCAGGUCGACGUGUGUUGCUUGUUGCAGCUUGUUGCAUAUUAUCGUUGCAAUUGCACUGAUUUGCAAUAGCAGCUCCCAAGCGCUAGUGCCCGAAUGA